AUCUCGGAAACCGAAAGUCUCGUAACACCGGACGUGCAGUUCACCAUGAGCACAACUGCCACAUGCUAUGGCGUCAACACCGAGCAGUUCUGUAGUUUUAUUUCUCUGCAUUUUAGCAGUGCGUAGUAAUAUAGGCGACAUCGUGCUCGAACAGCCGUCGUCGGAGUCACAGAGCACGGAUUGUGGCUGUCAGGGACUGAAAAGGGUUGGUUCUGUUGAUGUAAGUGAUGAAAACAAACUGGAACAUCACGAUGAUGCAAAGAUAUACUCCAAAACAGCAAACGAAAGUCCACACAAGACAGAACAUGAUAUACCCAGUAAGCUGGUGCUGCUGCAGGGAGGUUGCUUUAUGAUGGGAACGGAUGACCCAGGAAUACCACAGGAUGGAGAGGGGCCGCAGAGGAGCGUGAGGCUGGACCCUUUUCACAUUGAAGUGCAUGAAGUCACAAACCAGCAGUUCCAACACUUCACCAACCAGACAGGAUACAUCACAGAGGCUGAGCGUUUUGGAGACUCCUUUGUUUUUGAGGGACUGCUGAGUGAGGAGGUGAAGAGCACUCUGUCACGUGCGGUGGCUGCAGCUCCUUGGUGGUCACCAGUGAAAGGUGCAGACUGGAGACACCCAGAAGGACCAGAUUCAACCAUAGAGCACAGGAUGAAUCACCCUGUGCUGCAUGUAUCAUGGAGUGACGCACAGGCGUACUGUCACUGGGCUAAACGCAGACUUCCUACUGAAGCUGAGUGGGAGUUGGCCUGUAGAGGAGGACUGCAGGAUAGGCUGUACCCAUGGGGAAAUAAACUAAUGCCCAGAGGGCAACACUAUGCUAACCUGUGGCAAGGAGAUUUCCCUAACCACAACACAGCAGAGGACGGCUAUGCUAACACAUCACCGGUGAUGUCAUUUCCUGCCAAUGGCUUUGGGCUGUAUGACAUGGUGGGAAAUGCAUGGGAGUGGACGGCGGACUGGUGGAGCGUGCAUCACUCUACAGAAGACAAGUACAACCCUAAAGGACCAGAAAACGGUACAGACCGAGUCAAGAAAGGAGGAUCCUACAUGUGCCACAAGGUUUUCCAGCCAGUCCUAUCAAACCUUUAUAAUUAAUCCAGAACGCGGCAGCAAGAAAAAUAAUGUAAGAGAGAAUGAAGACCGUCAUACCUCUCUCUAUUCUAAUUCUAUUCUUUAAAAAAAAAAAAAAAACUUGUCCCUUUUAGACUUGCACUCUAGCUUUUCUAAUCUUUUUUUGUAUUCUAUGUUUUCUUUUUAUUUAUUAUACAAUUAACAAAAGCAAAAAAGGCCUCUAACACCAGCUUGCUCUAUUC